CGGUGGUGGCACUCACCGUCUUGUACAUCGCGUGCAACCUGCCGGAGAGCGUCUGUAACAUCACCCUGGCGUACGUUUCCGACCACGUGUCCGCUCAGCUCCCGGCUCUGGUUCUUCCCGCGCUGGGUCUGAUGGGACAGUUCCUGCUGUUCCUGCGUUGCUCGGCCACCCCGGUGCUGCUGCUGUUCCUGUGCCGCUCGCUGGGCCAGGCCUUCAUGGACUGCUGCUGCUGCUGCUGUGAAGAGUGCCUCCCCGACGGCAACUCCUCCUCGUCCUCCUCCGCUUCCACCACCGCCACCUCCAACCUCUCCUCGCCCACGUCGCCCUCUCCGUCCUCCCUGUCUCCUUCCAGCAAAGAGGAGACGAAGAGCAUGUUGGCAGCAGAACCAGCAGUGUGCUACGACAGAGCGAGAGACUCUUCGACAGCCAUCGGGACGCCCUGCUGAGGCCCACGACUCCAUUUAAACACAUCAUUUAGGGUUAUUACGACUCGGGUCUUCAUUUUGUUGCUUUAUCCAUCGUUUCCAGCAGUUAUAGUAAUAAUAUUGCACUCAUUAAGUUAAUAGCGGAGAUCUGAGGGCACGUUGAUUUCAUUAAGAAGAACUCGGGAAACACAAACAGUUUAUCCAGAUCACACUCUGUAUAUCUGUCUGUUUCUCCUGGUUCAGUUUUGGUAUCUUUAGUUCCUAUGAAGGUAAAAUCUUUAUGCUUUAACAUACUCUGAUAUUUUCAGUUUGAUCCUGUUUUCCUCCAGAACAAACACUGAUGCUCUUGUGGCUGAAUGGGAGUGAAGCCCUGCAGUCGGGGUCGACAUCUAAUGAAACCAGAAGAGUGGAGGCUGAUGUAGCAGCAGAUUAAUGCCCAUAGUCUGUAAACCCCUUUACCUGGCAGUGAAACUCAUUUUAAUGAAGGUAAAACUACAACUACGGUGAGUGUAGUAGGUUAAAGUGGAAACAGUAAGUAACUGUGAUGGAUGUCGACUGUUUCCAACCUGUUUGAUCAUCGGACUGUUUCUGUUUCUUGACCUGUCAGACGUUUUUUUAUAUUCGUGAAAUCACCAUUUUUCUCAGAUCUCGGCUUUUAACUAGAAAGAAAUAUCAGUAUGACUGAUGGAGAUGAUGAACAACCAGAAUGAAACCCUUUAAUGUCUGUAUGAACUGUAGGAGUGUUAGAUUAUAUUCAGUAUAGAGGAUGUUCUGGUUUUUUUUAAAGAGUUUAGUGUUUUCCACUUUAAUCCUGUUUUUGUGAUACAUUUUAUAGUUAUUAAUAAUUUUCUAAUGCUCAUCAGGAUAUUAGUACUAUCUGAUCUAAGUACUGUAUUAGAGAGUUCGGGGGGUUUUUAAUGUGGAUAAACUGAAACUGUAGACACACACUGAGACUUUUUGCAGACUGACUGACUGCUGUGAACUUUGUGAGCUGUUUUCUUUUUUUAAAACAUGAUUUUGCUGUUUUGCUGCACCUGAUUUACACUGCGUCCCCACAGCAGGUAAACAAUGGGAUGAGGUCAUAUUAGAGAUCAAUCAUCAUUUUAUAACUACGGGAAACAAUCCAGUGUGAAGUUUUUCUAUUGGUCUACUUUUUAUUGGUUUAGUAAAGUUUAGAUUUUCUGCAUCACCUGUAAGUAACUCCCUGUAUUUUUAAAAUGUCUUUUUUAAACUUUAUUAACUGCUAUAAUCAGUAGAGCUGCUGAUGAAUGCUCUAUCUGUGUUUACAGAGCUUUUUAUUACACUAAUUAUGGGAAUAUUAAUAAGCUGAGUUACACUUUUUACAAUAUGUUCAGUAAAACUAUGAAAGUGUUUUUUUUUUUUUUUUUUUUUACUUAUUGUUUUAAAUAGGAAUUUAUACGUUUUAGUGGAUUUGUUCCAGCAGCAGAAUCACUUCUGGUCUGGUGAUAUUCUAUGUUUUUCUUAUUGUCCAUAAAUCCUAAGUGCAGACCAAACCAACGAUGAAUGUAUCUACUAACAUUGUCUGUGUAUCCAAAGUGUUCUUCCUCUGUGCCAUUGUUGUCCAAAAACUAUUAAAAACACAUAAAUGAAUCUCACUCUUUGACUCAGUCCCACGUACAUCGUCCUGCUGCCGGAAACACUCAGUAGAUUAAUAAUGUGGAUUAAUAAACUGCUGAAAAUAAUCCCCAACAAAGGAACUAUUUCCUUCUGAGUAAUGUUUUAUGUUUUAUAAGUAUAGUGCCCAGCUGAGCCUUUUUUACAUAUUAAACAGAGAGAGGAGGGAAGUCAGAAAGUAUUGAGAGACUAACAGUGUUGGUUUUGGUCUGUAUGUUGGAUUUGUUGAUAAUAAGAAAAUAUAAAAUAGCUUCAGUCAUAUCCUGUAAGUUCUCUAAACAAAUUACAUUGUAAGCUGCUGUGGCUGCCAGAGUGUUUGCGCCACCUGUUAAACUAAAGCUUAAUGUAUGUUUUUACAUAUAUGUACAAAAACAGUAACAGAGUAUGUGUGCAUUGUCAGCACGGUCUAAAAUGUACUGAUAUUUUGUUGUAAAAUAUAAACAUUUUUCUUA